AUGCCAUUGCGGAUGACGGGACCGGUACCAUCCUGGGCCCAUGUCACACUCAAGAAGGGGGCGCAGGAGACGACGGCACUUUUCUCUCAACAGACAAAGCCUCUCUAUUCUAUCCCGAGCCUUGCGGCCUUUCAUCAUUUCGUAUUCGGAAUAAAUCAAGUGUCACUCGCUAGCGGCUUGCACGGCAAGGUAAAUAAACUUGAAGCACAACCGACCAGAAGGCUUCAUGUCGCACGAUUGGGGCGGAAUGGUCCAGAAUUGGGAACCAAAAUCGCUCAGAUUGAGAAUUCCAAAGGGUAG